GACAAGUGGGGAAAAUUGUGAAAAUAUUUGAAUAGAAACAUGUCCACUUUAACGGAUCUGUCACCUGGCACUACGGCUUUUCGUUCAGAUAGUCCUGGAAGUCCAACACGGGCUUCUUUAUCAGAUAUGCUUAGUCGGAACAAAUUCUUAGAAGCUGCAAUUCCAAAAUGUGCCGGAUGUGGAGAACCUAUAUUAGACAGAUUUAUUUUAAAAGUUUUGGAACGUUCUUGGCAUUCUAAAUGUUUAAAAUGUUCUGACUGUAAACUACAGCUAAGUGACAAAUGUUUUUCAAAAGGAGAUAUGGUGUACUGCAAAGAUGAUUUCUUCAGGCGAUUUGGAACAAAAUGUGCAGGAUGCGAAAAGGGCAUACCACCAACAGAGGUGGUUCGCCGAGCGCAGGAUAAUGUUUAUCAUCUGGAAUGCUUUGCUUGUUUAAUGUGUGGUAGACAGUUGAAUACUGGAGACGAAUUCUAUCUGAUGGAAGAUAGAAAACUUGUAUGUAAAACAGAUUAUGAAUCAGCAAAAGCUAGAGAGUAUGAUUUAGAUGCUGCAAACAAACGUCCAAGAACAACAAUAAAUGCAAAGCAACUAGAAGCAUUAAAAAGAGCAUACAACGAAAGCCCGAAGCCAGCAAGACAUGUCAGAGAACAGUUAAGUUCGGAAACUAGCCUUGAUAUGAGGGUUGUUCAAGUAUGGUUUCAAAACAGACGAGCGAAAGAAAAGCGUCUAAAAAAGGACGCAGGACGGAAAAGAUGGAGUCCUUAUUUCCGACAACUUAAGCGUAAUGGUGAUCCAGAUAGCUCUCAGAGUGCCGAUGAUCGAUCAGAUGAUGGUUUAUUGGAUUGUCCAUACAUUGAUGAUGACCUUGACGAUCUCGAUGAUGUUGACAACAGUCGUUUGUCUGGUGAUAUGUUUAGUUCUGGACAGCCAUUAGACAGAGAACCAAACAUGGGACAGGUGCCAGUAGUGCCACCCGGAACUCCUCCGAUGGAUUCAUGGCCUCAUUUUUCUAACAUUCCGCCCAACUCUUCUGGGUUUAUAGGUCGACAGUCUCCAAACAUUCCUAUGACCAAUCACCCUGGCUCGCACUUAAUGUCAAUUGAAAAUAUGACCAUACUUGGUGGAGGUCCCCGGAUGAUGGCCCCUGAUAUCAACGAUAAUAACAAUUCAUUUUCGGAUUAUCCACCACAUACUCAAAGUCAUGUGGAAGUGUAUUAAAAUUGUAGUUUUAAAUGGAAGAAUGACGUCUAGUGUAGUGCCAUUGUUGGGUGGUUUCAGGUGGAGUCAAAUUAUUAUAUAGACCAUGGUGUAUAUAUUAAUUCAAUUAAUAUAAACAAUAUUCGUCACCUUAUAAAUUUAUGAGACAUCUUUUAUAUAAAAAUACUUUAAACUGGAACGAUAGAUGAAUUUAUUGAUUCUCCUUUUUUUUAAUCAUACUUGUGAAUUUGGAAAUGUGCAAUAUUCUUGUUAUUUGUAUAUUAUGUUAUACUAAGUUUGAUAUUUUAUAAAUGUGCAAUAUUUCUUUUAUGUAAUUUUAUGCAGUUACGUAAGUGACCAUUUUAUUAAUUUGUCCUAAAAAAAUACGAAAAUUUAGUUCUUUUUUAUUGGUAUGAGCUGGGACAUAAUAUAGUAUAAUAGUCCCAGAUAUGUGCGACGUGUAUGACAGUUAUUGUUGCUGUAAUGUGUACAUUAGGUCGCUACUGGAUUCCUGUAAAACUUAUGGAGUUUAACGGUUAAAUUGGUUACCAGUUAACAGCUGUAUGCGGUAUAGGAUACCGCGGAUACACCGUGGUUUUUUACUUGUUACAUUUCGAUUUUAUCUGAUAGCUUUAACAUACAUUUCAACUGUGACUAAUACCUUUGUCUAUUAGUCCCCCGGCGGUUUCAAGUUGUAAAAUUUAUUUGAAAAAGCUGAUAAUAUAUACAAAUUAGAAAUAUAAUUUCAUUUUCAUAAAAAUCAGUUAGGUUGUUUUCUAAAUAAAGGAUGCAGAAAUAAAAUUUUGAAAACAAUAAAUGUUGCGGCAACUAAAAAUUUGAUCUUUUUUCGAAACUACAAGCUGUAAACACAGUGAAAAGAAAUAAUAUUUCAUAUCUCAAAAUCAUAUCUACAAGUUUCUUAUUUGAAGGAGUGGAAGAAAACAAAUUUUUCACAAAGUGCAACAUAAGUACAAUAGAAUGGAAUCUAGUUCCAUUUAUAGAUGUAAUUUUGUUCUAUAUAUUUUCUGAUAGUCGAAUGUGACGGAAUCAUGUUCCAUUUAUCAAUGUAGUUUUUUUUUCUACCCUACAUUUUACUUCUGAUAUUCCACUAACUUCGACGACUCGUUUACAGAAAACAUACCAAUUAUAUAGGUUUAAAGUACAUGUGUAUGAAUAUUAUUACUAGGGCUCGAAUUGGUGUGAAAGUCCUUAAGUUGUUGUUUUGAUUUUAUUUGUUUUAAUUUUUAUUUCAUGUCAUUCCAUCUCGUUUUCUGUAUUUCGAGGUAUUUUAUUUAUUGAACCACAUUAUUUAUGAAUUUUUUGUUUACCUAUGUUGAAUUUUGUAUACAAUUGUUUUUAGUUUAUGUAUUUAUUUAUAUGUGCUCUUAAAAAUUUUCAAAAUAAAUAAAGUUUUAA